GAAGCUACGAGACUUCAGUUUGCUCAAACGUGCUCGCACGGAUAGAAAGUUGCCAAAUCGGGUGCAACACGCGGUCCUUACGUGGCCUUUAACCUCUUCUUAUUUCUCCUUUCUUCAUUUUAUUUCGUUUACUUCGUACGAACUCCUUCGUAUUUCUUUCGUUUUUUUUAUUCCUCGAUCAAAAUCCUCGAUAAUCGAUCGUCGGCAAAGUUGGUCUUAAGGUGUAGUCACAAAAAUAUCUUGAAUUAUCAGAACUGAUUUGCGCGUCAAGCAUAACGGGCCAACGAAUUUCAAGAUUAACACGUUACUCAAAAACAAAAUCUAAAUCCUCGGGAGUCGAAUCCGAUCGCGCGGUGAAAGGUGCGGAACGCGAACUAUACGGUACGACCUUCCGUUCGUAUCAUAGAUUGGAGGAGUCAACUAAACCCAUGAGAUUUCUAUAUUCGAUGGCACAGAUAAUACGAACGAUCUACGAUGGUUACCGGGACUUAAUGGACAAUAAGAGCGACCCAAGGGUCAACGAUUGGGCCAUGAUGAGCGAUCCCUUUCCUACGCUCUUCGUUUGUUUAUUUUACGCUUACUUCGUCAAGGUACUCGGGCCAAGAUUUAUGGAAAAUCGCAAGCCUUUCGACCUUAGAAACUUCAUGAUACUUUAUAAUCUCUUCCAAGUGAUCUUUUCCUCUUGGUUGUUUUACGAGUGUUUGGCGUCCGGUUGGUGGGGAGUCUACUCGUUCAGAUGCCAACCGGUAGAUUACUCGGACAAUCCAAUGGCAAUGAGAAUGGCUCGUGGCUGUUGGUGGUACUACUUUUCCAAGUUCACCGAGUUCAUGGACACGAUCUUCUUUGUUCUGCGAAAGAAAAAUAACCACAUUUCAACGUUGCACGUGAUUCACCAUGGAUGCAUGCCAAUGUCGGUCUGGUUCGGCGUCAAGUUCACACCAGGUGGUCACAGUUCCUUCUUCGGCCUCUUAAACACGUUCGUACACAUUAUUAUGUACUCUUAUUAUCUCCUCGCUGCUCUCGGACCAAAGAUCCAACCGUAUCUAUGGUGGAAGAAAUAUUUGACGAGCCUGCAAAUGAUUCAAUUUGUUUUCGUCAUAAUUCACGCCUUCCAAUUGCUCUUCGUCGAUUGCAAUUACCCGAAAGCUUUCGUAUGGUGGAUCGGCAUGCACGCGAUCAUGUUUUACUUCUUGUUCCGUGACUUUUACGUCGGGGCUUACAAGAAGAAGAAAAACGUAAUAAGGAAAGAGCAAAAGGAAAGUGGGAAUAAGGAAGAAGAAGAAGCGAGAAGGAAGAAAGAAGAAAAGUACGAACGCGAGUCCGUGCAAAAUCGUCUUAAGAAGAACGAUCUUAUUUAUGCGAAUCAAUACAAAAUGGCGACCGGGUACAUUUCGGACGAGGGCCUAAGAAAUCGCGUUUUUAUCGACAACCGAGGAUUGUCCGACGAAUGAGAACGCGAUAAGAACAAAUGCGAUAAGGACGCUGAUCGGCUAUUAUAAUCGAGACUCGCAUCGACGCGGAAUCCUCUUCGAAACGGUAGCGCAAAUAAUAGACUUUCUUCAUUGCGGUGCGUGCGUGUGUGCGUGCAUCCCACGGAUAAGAGAGAGAGAGAGAGAGAGAGAGAGAGAGAGGGAGAGAGAGCUCCGUUCCUCACGAAGGGUCGACGGGAACAGCGCAUUUUCAUAAAAGACUAUAUUUCCUCCCCCGAACAUUCUCGAAACAUUGGGGGAAAUUGAAAAGCUCGAAAGAGUUUUUUCUUUUUUCUUUUUUCGAACCAAAACGAUGUUCAGCUCGAUACGUUGUUCAUCUGUGAUAAUCAUUGCCUCGUGCUAAUCCAUACUUUUUCAUUUUUCAUUAUAUUGGAUCUGAUGCGACGCAAUGAGGUGACGCACGGCAAUCGGCACGUGUUACGAUAGAGGAAAGAAGAAGAAAAAGAAGAAGUAAAGAUAAAUAAAAAGAAUAAAGGGGAUAAAAUAAAAU